UACGACAUGGCGGGUUUUCGGGACAUUGAUAAAGCUUUAUUUCCUAUAAAAAGUAUAAACACAGUGCUACAGUUAUUCAAGCAACAAUUGGAAAAUACGUGCGAACCAGAUCUUGCCUUACUUUCAAUUGUAGUAGGUGUAAUAGAAAAUUCAUUGACAAGCCGGUCUAAUGCCGCGCUUCAAGUUUUCGAACCAAUUGAACAAAAUAGUUUACCUAUUUUGGAGCUGGAGACGGUGGAGACUUUGUACAACAAAUUUCAUAGUAUUAUGAAAACUGCUGUAAACUUCAAUAAAGCCAAAAUUUUUGCUACUAGAGAUUUAGUAAAAAGAGUUUCAGAUGUUAUUUGGAAUUCAUUAACAAGAAGUUAUUAUAAAGAUAGAGCACAUUUGCAGAGUCUGUACAGUUAUCUAACAGGUAGUAAAUUGGAUUGCUUUGGUGUAGCCUUUGCGGUUGUAGCUGGGUGUCAAACUUUAGGAUACAAUGAUGUACAUUUGGCAUUAUCAGAAGAUCACGCCUGGGUUGUUUUUGGAGAACACGGUGUUGAGACAGCAGAAGUUACAUGGCAUGGAAAAGGUAAUGAAGAUAAACGAGGUCAAGAAAUUGGGAAAGGUGUUUCUUCUAGGUCAUGGUUAUAUGUAAAUAAUAAACCCGUAAUAUGUACGAGACAAAUGGAAGUCGCAGCGCUAGUCUCAGCCAUCAAUCCCUCUCUUAACUCUACCCAUGAUGCUUUUGAAGUGUCUCUAUUACAACAGGAACUUUUAUGGCUUCUGUACGACUUGGGCCAUUUAAAAAAAUAUCCCAUGGCAAUAGGAAACUUGGGUGAUUUAGAAGAGAUCUCUUCAAAGGAAGGACGGGUGCCUUGCAAAACUUUGUUUGAAGAGGCAAUAGCAUCGGCCAGAACAUAUUAUAAUAACCAACACGUAUAUCCUUAUACCUACCAAGGAGGUUAUUUUUAUCGUAACAAAAUGUACAAGGAGGCCUUCGAAAGCUGGGCAAACGCAAGUGAUGUAAUAAGACUGUAUAAUUAUUCUAGAGAUGAUGAAGAAAUAUAUAAGGAAUUUCUUGAAAUUGCAAAUGAGUUAAUACCUCACAUCAUGAAGGUAGAGAGCUCAGGGUUUAGCGCCAAUACAAUUUUAAAAAGGCCCGAGUGCUUUGCGAAUCUCCUUCGAUUUUACGAUGGUAUAUGUCAGUGGGAAGAAGGAAGUGCCACUCCUGUUUUACAUAUAGGUUGGGCUAAACCACUUGUGAACACUAUCUCUAAAUUUGAUGCAGAUGUUAGGGCCCAGGUCAAUAUCGUAUGUGAUAAAUUGGAAGAAGAAAAAUUCUCUAAGAAGAACGGUAGUUAUUUUAAUAAUAACAAUAAUUAUGACAAAGAGAAUGGGCCGCAUAAUAACGAUGUUCCAAGUUCCAAAUCAUCUAAUGAUGCAGAGCUGUCGACAUCUAAUUUCCAUCCAAGUCUUGAGGCAUUAACAGCAGCAUGUUCGGAAAAAAUUCUGAACCCCGAGUAUCUUCUUCAAGGAGAUGGUUCACCUUUUGUUGGUGGGGAUGAUAAUUCUCUCAGGAAAAACGAUGAUGACAAUGUAAAUGAAAACAGGGAACAACAGAAUGGAAAACCCAGCACUUCUAAAGAGGAACUGGAGACAAAGUCUGUAGAAAAGGAAGAACAAGUUGACAAUAGACCGACAAUCAUUCUACGAAGUCAGAAAAUGAAACAAUUGAAAGAUCUGCUACUGGCCGAAAAACUAAAUACUCAUGCAAUAUCUUUGCAUCUGACAGCACAAUCUCAGGUACAGAUAGGGAAGAAAGGUAGGGGUGAUACAGACAAUGUUAGACCUAAAAGGGCUCGUAGAGAUUAAAAUAUAUUAUAUACAAGAGCAAAUUUCAAUAUCACUAAAUAUAGUACUUAAUCUGAUUAGUAAUGCAGGACAUUAAAGAGAUUUGUAUAAAUAUUUGUGUUUUUAGAGGGAUGUUUUUACCAGUGAAAUUUAGUACAUACCUUAUAUGUACAGGGUGAUCGAUAUAUCAUGGGAAAUGUGUUUUUAUUGAAAACGACUGAAAAUAAGUGGUUGUAAGACAUUUCACAUUUUCCUAUACAAUUAAUAUUGGUAUAUAAAUGAAAAAAAUAAGAAAUAGGUCCACCUAACGGUGCUAAUUAUUGUAUAUUCAACGCUGUAGGUAAUUCUUGCUCUGUGCAUACUCGGCUCCGGAAAGGGGCAGUUGGUAUUACCAAAGGCUUUCCUUGCGUCACAUUCUGAUAGCAUCUUCUAAGAGAAAUUUCUUCUUUAAAAACGAGUCCCCGCCGAAAAUUGACUUCUUCAGUGCGAGAGAGAUACUCGAAAUAAAACUGAUGUUUAGACAGAGAUGGAGACAAACGUCAGUGAAGAUGUCAAGAUAAAUUUUGUCUUUAACGCUUUUUCCUAGCCGGUUGACCAACGUGUCGUUAUUUUGCCAUUAGACAAUGGCUCUGGUCUUUUAAAGACUAUAUUAAGGAGGUUUCUCUGAUUUGGAAUUGACAAAUAUUCAUAAAAAAAUUAAUAUAGGUGAGCUUAUUAAUAUGAAGAAAA